AUGAGCGGUAACGAAUCAUCAAUUGUUCUUGUACAUUCACAAUUCAUCGUUCGAAAUUAUGUUAUUAAACAGGAUUUGAUUAAUACACUUAUCUAUAAUGAAUUUUCUGUUUAUGACUCCACCGAACGUAAUCUGCUAUAUCGAAUCAACACUCAAUUCUCAUUCAACCAUCAAGCCACAAUCAAGUUGAUUCUGCCGCGCGACGAUUUUAUUAUUAUUGGUAAAACUGACGCUCAAUUCGGUCUGUCAUCGUUCUAUGGAGCAACAUUUCAAUUGCUGAAUACCCUCAACAAUCGAUGGGAACAAGGAAGAAUUAAACAGCUACAAUUUCAAUGGGGACGAUAUGUGAUUGAAUACCAAGGCAGGCAAAUUCUAAUGGAAACGGACGAUCGAUCACCGUACCAGCAGGUAUGGAUUGAUCUUAUAACACGUCAGGUAUAUGCACAAUAUCAACGACGAGUAACUCUAGAAUCACUGAUGUGGCAAGCAACUUUCGAUUUGAAAAUAUAUACGAACGAACUGCCCGAUACUUUCUAUCUAAUUGGUUUAGCAAUUGUACAGCGAUCAGCAAAGAAAGUUGCAUGA